GCAAAGUAGACACAGUGCUAAACGAAUCUCCUCAGAUGACGAUAUUGAUGGAGAUAAUGAUUUAUUGUUAGGACAGCAAGCAAUUUUCACCGAACAAUCUGGUCUUAAUAUGAUCAGUGAUUUCCAGGGUGUCUUAUCACACAAUCAAUGUAUUUUUAACACUAACGGAGACGAGGUUAAUUUCACUGAUGCCGUACCUUAUAUAAGAACAUCAGCACAUCCUAUGGAAGAUGUAACAUCUAUAGUAUUUUGGCAUAAAGAAAAUGCUGUGUCGGUUCAGAACCAACCUCUUGAAACUAGAAAAUGUCUUAUGAUUGGUAUUAAUGUUAAUGAAGCAUUAAAUACCAAUGAUAAUUUUGAUAUAACAUUAGAUAUAUAUUGGAAUGUCUUAUGUGGCCUAAAUGCAUUAGAAGUGAUG